UGAGUUCAGACACUGAUUGCAUUGUGCGUUUUUGUUAUAUUUUGCAAUUUAAUAAUAGAUUCUGUUUAAUUUGAUGUGAAGAUCUCAAUUAUAAAUUUCAAAAUAAUAUAAUUUAUUAUAAAAGCGUUUCCAGAUCACCAUUUAACGUGCAGACGUGCUACUUUCAGUAUUUAUUUCCAUGUGAGUGCAACACGGCGAAACAGCAGUGCACUCACUGUUUUUAUCGGUCAACGUAUCAACCUACGCAAUUUCGCACAUUUCAAUAUUUCAAACAAAACGAGUAUUAAUAAAAAAAUAAAAAAAUUUUGAACAAAAAAGCCAAAAAACAUAUCGUGCCAAACAUACUUUAGUGCUUAACGGUGCGUUCACCUCACGUGAAUUGAAAAAGACGAGGAAGUACGCAAUAGAAAAAAAAAAAAAUAAAUAAAAGAACUUGGUUAAUACAAUGGCUUCGCAAUCAACAGUAAUUACCAAUGGUUAUAUCAAAGAUAUGAAUAAUUCGCCCACCAUCAGUAACGGUUUGAGUGAGGAGUUAAAGGACGGGCUGUCGUGCGAGGAGCUAUUUGCGCACAGCGAUGGCCUGACUUACAACGAUUUUCUCAUCUUGCCCGGCUAUAUUGAUUUCACUGCGGAGGAGGUCGACCUCAGUUCGCCUUUGACGAAAAAUAUUACUUUACGUGCACCGCUCGUCUCCUCGCCAAUGGAUACUGUGACAGAGUCCGACAUGGCUAUAGCAAUGGCGCUUUGUGGUGGCAUUGGUAUUCUGCACCACAACUGCACACCUGAGUACCAGGCCAAUGAGGUCUUAAAGGUGAAAAAGUAUAAACAUGGUUUUAUACGUGAUCCGUCAGUUAUGUCACCGGAAAAUACAGUCGGUGAUGUUUUGGAAGCACAUCGUAAAAAUGGCUUCACCGGCUAUCCAAUUACAGCGAACGGUAAAUUGGGUGGACGCCUACUCGGCAUUGUUACAUCACGUGACAUAGAUUUUCGUGUCUCUCAACCAGAAAUCAAGCUUGGCAGCAUAAUGACCACAGAACUGAUAACUGCACCAAAUGGCAUUACUUUACCCAUGGCUAAUGAAAUACUGGAGAAGAGUAAGAAGGGCAAAUUGCCGAUUGUCAAUGAGAAUGGUGAACUUGUGGCGCUGAUUGCACGUACUGAUUUAAAAAAAUCUCGUUCCUAUCCUAAUGCUUCAAAAGAUAGCAACAAGCAAUUGCUUGUUGGUGCGGCAAUUGGCACACGACCAGAAGAUAAGGAACGCUUGAAGUUGUUGGUUACUAGUGGCGUAGAUGUAAUCGUAUUGGAUUCAUCACAAGGCAAUUCAAUUUAUCAAAUCGAAAUGAUUAAAUAUAUUAAGAAUACUUAUGCCGAUCUGCAAGUCAUUGGUGGUAAUGAGAUCCUGAAAAUCUACAAACAGUACAGUCGACAAUUUGAAACGGCCAUUAAACAAUUCGGUCAAGAAGAAAUAGUCGAGCUUGUGACUGUUCCAUCAACAUCAAAAUUUAAUGUUGGGCACACAGAUGCUAGAACAUCUGAUUCACAGAUCCAAGGGCUCAUCAACAAACAACGUGCAAUAUCAUGUUCGUUAUUGCGGCUCAUCAAUGACGUCAAGAGCAUGAACGAGCAACAGCCUCUGUCAUAUUAUCAGGAAAAUAUUGACAGAAUCAACAAAUUAUGGCAAGAAAUUGAAGCCAUCAAUUUUAAAAUCUGGGAAGUUCAUUCUAAUGCAAUAGAAGUUGGAUAUGAUAUCCAGAAAUAUAUUGAACUAGAAGAAUAA